GCCGAGCCCCGGGGCAGCCCUGCUAGCUUCCAGCACCAUGUCUGUGCGGACGCUACCGCUGCUCUUCUUGAACUUGGGCGGGGAGAUGCUUUACAUCCUGGACCAGCGGCUGCGGGCCCAGAACAUCCCAGGAGACAAGGCCCGCAAAGUGAGUGUCCAGUGAACUUCAGCAGAGAGAGUGGGACGGAAAGAAGCCAGCUACAUAUUUGAUGUCCAUGAGCCCACCUUUGUCACGACAGCUCCCCGAGGCAGCUCUAGUUGGACUCCCAUUUUACAGAUGGAGAAACUGAGAUGGGACGAGUUGCUGGGAGUUCAUAUAGCUAAUGAAUGGACAGAGGUGGACAGAAAACGAGUUUUGAAUGACAUCGUCUCCACCAUGUUCAACAGAAAGUUUAUGGAGGAAUUGUUCAAGCCCCAGGAGCUCUACUCCAAGAAGGCCCUGAGGACCGUCUACGACCGCCUGGCUCACGCCUCCAUCAUGAGACUGAACCAGGCCAGCAUGGAUAAGCUCUAUGACCUGAUGACUAUGGCUUUCAAAUAUCAAGUACUGCUGUGUCCCCGUCCCAAGGAUGUGCUGCUGGUCACCUUCAACCAUUUAGACGCCAUCAAGGGCCUCAUCCAAGACUCCCCGACCAUCUUGCAUCAAGUGGACGAGACUUUCCGGCAGCUGAUGGAAGUUUACUGCGGUCUGUCUGCCGGCGAGUUCCAGCUGAUCCGUCAGACGCUCCUCAUCUUCUUCCAAGACCUGCACAUCCGGGUGUCCAUAUUUCUGAAGGACAAAGUUCAGAACUCGAAUGGCCGCUUCGUGUUGCCAGUGUCCGGGCCUGUUCCCUGGGGGACGGAAGUUCCUGGACUCAUCAGAAUGUUCAACCACAAAGGUGAAGAAGUCAAGAAGAUAAAAUUCAAGCAUGGUGGAAACUAUGUCACUGCAACCAAAGAAGGUUCUUUUGAACUUUAUGGAGACCGAGUCCUGAAACUAGGAACUAACAUGUACAGCCUGAAUCGGCCCGUGGACACCCAGACGUCUGGAGCAUCAAAGAACUCCACCUCACGAGCGCAGCAGGAGAACAUCGCUCCAAAUCCGCUUGCUAAAGAAGAGCUGAAUUUCCUGGCCAGACUGAUGGGAGGGAUGGAGAUUAAGAACCCCAGUGGCCCCGAGCCAGGAUUCCGGUUGAAUCUGUUUACCACCGAUGAUGAAGAGGAACAGGCAGCCCUAACCAAGCCAGAAGAGUUAGACAACAAAGUCAUCAACAUACAAGCUAUGCAGGACCAGCAACGGAGCGAGGAGCUGGCCCGGAUCCUGGGGGAGCUGGAGGUCACUGACCAGCCGAGGUGGAGCACCAGCAAGGGGGACGACCUGCUGGCCAUGAUGGAUGAGUUGUAGCUGUGCUGACCGGGCACGCCCCUCUGCCCAGAGACGCUUCCGGAUGAGGACCCCGGAGAAGGACCAGGGUCCGCCGUGCUGCUGCUAAUUUUCUAUGGAGUGAAGCCGCUACGUGCAAUUCCCAUCUCUGCUGUAAUGAACUCCGCAAGUGCCCCCGAGACAGCACCCCACCCCAGAAGGCCCCACAUGCACUGUAUUUUCAGCAAAAUAUAUUCUGGCUUUGAAACUACA